GUGACUGACCGGUUUCUCCUCGCGCAGGACUGUCAAAGCUCGCGCGGGUGGCGCCUCCCCCUUUUCCUCUCUUUAUGACCAGCCUCAACUCAUCCGCUGUUUCACACUGUGCGCUCGCGCUCAGAGAGGAGAUGUGCUCCGGAUAGAACCGCGCUCCUUUUCUUGCGUGCACCAAAUUGCGUUUUUCAGCGAAACCUCUUGUUGCUUCCCGCGCACGUUUGUUUUUCCUCCCCUUCUCGUUUAGCCCUUUGUUGUUCUGUGUAUUAUAAUGAAGGCCAGCGCACCGGUUCGCCCUCAUGAGGUUUCGUCUGGCUGCAGUCAGCUCUCAUUGCGUUAUUUGUCGGAGCGCAGCCGAUGCAAAAUGGAAGAGGAGGAUAAUUUCUUUCUGCAGUACGACAUGAACGACUGCUACAGCCGACUCAAGCGCCUGGUGCCCACUAUUCCGCAGGAUAAGAAAGUCAGUAAAGUGGAGAUCCUCCAGCAUGUCAUUGACUAUAUCCUGGACCUGCAGCUGGCGCUGGAGACGCACCCGUCUCUCCUGAAACAGACGAGCCCACCCGCCUCCACACGGACCCCUCUCACACAGAUCAACACAGAGCAGAGGACGACGGGUGUCAAUAAGGAAGAAUCAAUUUUGUGUCGCUGAAAUGUUGCACACCGGUGUGCACUGAACCCAUCCAAAGCCAAGCACUGCUCCACCAGGGAAUCCGACACACACCAGGCCCAAUCGCAGGGGAGCAGCACUGAAACUAAUAGCUACUAAAUCAUAAUAUGUAAACAUUUUAACGUCAGCUGUCAAAGAUGCGGUGAAGCCAGCCAGAUCUCUCCCGUGGCCAUUCUGUUCUCUCUCGGUGGGGGAAAUGCUGAAUUUGGACAGAGAAUACAAAGCCAAUGGAAUUCCAAUUGAACCAUAACUAAAGGCACCUCGGAUUAAAACCCUGCAUAUAAUUUGCCUAAACACGGCAGACUGUAAAGCUUUAUGAAUCAAAAUGAAAAUGUAAACAUCUGACAUCUUUGUUAGGUGAUUUGUGUCGAACAGGGAUUUUUUCCCUGCUGUUUAAUAUUGUAAAGAACCACGAUAAGUGUUGACGUAAAUAAUACUGUACAUAACCAGGAGGAUGUUCUAUAAAUGUGUGUGUAAGAGAAUAUAUGUGCAGCCAGCUGAUUGUAAUGACUCGAAAAUAUUUUCUAUCAAAAAAUGUUUUGUUCUGUAUAUGAUUGUGUUUUUGCAUAAAUGUCGUGAAUGAUUACAUGAUGUUCUGCUAAUAAAGGUCUCGCAUCAUAAAUUA